UUGCGUGCAGCUCGUGGCAUCUCAACCAAGUCUCAGUCUCCAGUUACAUUUUGUGUUUCCUUUGUGAUCUCGAACGAAAAACAAACUCAACAAAAAACUAUAUUAAAAUGGCGUUCAAGUACCUGAUCUUUGCCUCGGCGCUGUGCCUGAGCCUGGCCUAUCCGCUGGAGCAUCAGCACCAGUACUACGACGAGAGCCACGGCUACGAGCACCUGGUGCAACACGAGCCAGAGCCGAUACACGAGUACGGACAGCAUCAGCAGAUCGAGCGCAUCUCGCAGGGCGAGGAGCAUGGACACCACGAGCAGGCGCACUAUGAGACCCACGAGCACGAGGAUCAUCAUGUGGACUACUAUGCCCCUCCCAAGUAUGCCUUCAAGUAUGGAGUCAAUGACUUCCACACUGGCGAUGUCAAGUCACAGCACGAGACCCGCGACGGUGACACCGUGAAGGGCCAGUACUCGCUGGUUGAGCCCGACGGUUCCAUUCGCACCGUGGACUACACUGCCGACAAGCACAACGGCUUCAAUGCCGUCGUCCACAAGACUGCCCCCGUGCACCAUUCCCAUGAGGAGCUGCACGAGCAUCACUACUAGACGAGACCGGCGAGGACAGACCCAUAGACUAUCCUACGUUUAACUUUGCACUAGAGUUAGCCAAAUUCAGCCUCAUCAGCCAACAGAACAGCAUCCAGAACGAUCGACCAUGAAAUCAGCUUCAUAUCUCGUAAUUAGGACACAUCAGCACACACAUGCCACAUGCCACAUGCCACAGGCCCCAACAGCAAAAGCAAACGGGGGUGGUGGCCCAAUCUUCACUA